CGCGGUGGGCGAGCCGUCAAUCACCUCCUACCCACCGGUUCACAACCUGAGUAUUACAGAGACCGGGCCCUCCCUCGCAGUGACGCAUACAGAAACGACCAAGGAAAUCCCCAAGUGAGAGUUACGACAGACUCUCACCACCGUAGAUAGUGGGCAACUUCCGACUCGCGCUGAACACCGCGCACAAAUCGACAUAGAAGACAAAUACGUGUAAACCGUGUCCACGUUCCGGACAAAUACAAGGUGUUGUAAACACUGCUUUCGGAUCAGUUUAGGUGGCUUGACUAACAUUUUGUCGGCGUCGCGGAAGUGCAUAGCCAACCAACGACUUGCGGUUGUUUUUUAUGAAUACACCUAGCGAAGUACAGCAGCAGAAGGACAUGUACGGCAUGGCAGAAAUGCCCGACCUCAUACCACCGGCAGGUGCAUUACAACCCAGUCCAGUAAUCCCGUACGAUCACGGACAGGCGGGGAGAAACAGACCAGACCUCCUGUCUGCCCCACGAAGAAUGCAGCGAGCCCCCAAACUCGGACAGAUCGGGCGGUCCACGAGAGUGGUUAUUGAUGACGAGGACUUAGAUGAUAUCAUUAACAAUAACAGAAGCUUCCCGGUUUCUCAGAGAGUAUCACCUGUUGCCUGAUGCAUGACUGACUGUGCCAAAGCUGUUAAAAGGCCAACACACCAAAGCAGGCGUAGAGAAUUGAACUAAAAUCUCCCUCUCACAUGUUGUCGUCACCCUUCACCGUACAGCUUUUAAGGCUUUCACCACUUCAAGGUCAAACGAAAGAACUGUGGACUUUGCUUCCUGUUCACUUUUAAUGCUUGCCCAUCACUUCACUGAUGUCGUGCUUCUGUAGCACUAAAUGAUCCUGUCCGGUGUUCUUGGUUUUGGAAGUUUCUUUCUUGAAGUGAAGAUCUUGAUGAUCUCUAAUGUAACAGGGCUAUAUUUAUUAAAUUUGCACUUUACUGCAGAAUAAGAAAGCUAACCUCAGCAGGUUGGAUUACUCAUCUCCCAAAGAGGACAUUUUCCUGUGAAUCUCUGUUAACGUGUAACGCGCCAUUUGGUAAGACCUUUGGCUACCUUGGUAACCAGGGCCUACCAUAACAUUUCUCUGAAUGACAUCGAUUGCUUGUUUUAUUGUAAGGAUCUUUUUUUCGGUCACUGUUUUUAUGUGCCUGUUGAGUUUAGUUUGAAUCUAAAUAAGUACAAUCUUGAAUGCAUACUGACUGAGAUGAACAAUCAAAUCUUCUAAAGUGAUCUCAGAUGCUGGUUGAAGUACAUUUGUUCUUAAUGUUUUUGACUUCUAAAUGUUUGCAUGGAAAUUAAUGGAUUUUUGUAAAUUGUUUUGGGGGAGUGCAGUGGGAGUAAUAAAGUAUGCAUGAGUAAUGUUAUUGCAUUUGUUAAUGUUCAGAUACAAGCUAUUUGUAAAUUUUUUUUUUGGUA